AUGACUCGCACUCAAUCUACCCUCUCCGGAAAGGGCCUCUCCCUCGACAACAUCAACCCUAACGUCAGAGCCGCCAAGUACGCUGUGCGCGGAGAAUUGGCUGUCAAGGCCGAGGAAUACCGUGCUCGUCUGCUGAAGGGUGACAAGUCCCUGCCCUUCGACAGCGUCAUCUUCGCCAACAUUGGAAACCCCCAACAACUCGACCAGAAGCCCAUCACCUUCUUCCGUCAAGUUCUCAGUCUCGUCGAGAACCCGCUGUUGCUGGAGAACCCAACCGCCCUUAAGACCUCCUUCGGAUACAACCAGGAUGUUAUUGACCGGGCCCAGGCCCUCUUGACUGAUGUGCGCAGUGUCGGUGCCUACAGCCACAGUCAAGGAGCCCUGGGCAUCCGCAAUAGCGUCGCCAAGUUCAUCGAGGACCGCGACGGCUUCCCCGCCAACCCCCAGGAUCUUUUCCUGACCGCUGGCGCCUCUUCCGGUGUCACCAGCCUGCUGAACGUUAUCUGCGAUAAGCCUAGCGCCGGCGUCCUGGUGCCCAUUCCCCAAUACCCUCUAUAUACCGCCACUUUGGCCCUCCUUAAUGCGCGCUGCGUGCCAUACCUUCUGGACGAGCAGAAGGCGUGGGGUACCGAUGUCAAGGUGAUCGAGAAGUCCAUCGCCGACGCCAAGGCUGAGGGCACCGACGUUCGCUCCAUCGCCGUGAUCAACCCCGGCAACCCUACUGGUGCUUCUCUGAGCCCCGACGAUAUCAAGCAGGUCAUUGACGUCGCCGCCGCGGAAAAGCUGGUCAUCAUCGCCGACGAGGUGUACCAAACCAACGUUUUCAGCGGUGAGUUCGUCUCAUUCAAGAAGCGCCUCCGCCAGCUCCAGCAGGAACAUCCCGGCAAGUACGACAACGUGGAGCUGGUUUCCCUGCACAGUACCUCCAAGGGUAUGGUUGGUGAGUGCGGCCACCGCGGCGGAUACUUCGAGCUGGUCGGCUUCGACCCCUUGGUCCAGGAGCAGAUCUACAAGCUCGUAAGUAUCGGUCUGUGCCCGCCGGUCGUCGCACAGUGCCUGCUCGAGACUAUGGUCAACCCUCCCCAGAAGGGCGACCCUAGCUUCGAGCUCUACCAGAAGGAGUACAACGGUAUCCGGGACGGCCUGCACAAGCGCGCCCUGGCCCUCUUCGACGCCUUCCAGCGUAUGGAGGGCGUCGAAUGCCAGGAGCCUCAGGGCGCCAUGUACCUCUUCCCCACCAUUAACCUUUCCGCCAAGGCCGUCGAGGCCGCCAAGGCUGAGGGCCGCGCCGCGGACGAGUUCUAUGCCCUUGCCAUGCUCGACGCCACCGGUGUCUGCGUCGUACCGGGUUCCGGCUUCGGUCAGAAGCCUAACACCCUGCACUUCCGCACUACUUUCCUCGCCCCCGGUACUGACUGGGUUGAGCGUAUUGUGCAGUUCCACUCUGAGUUCAUGAAGAAGUACGGUGGACUCAGCAAGGCCCAACUCUGA